AUGGGCAAGUCAGGCUCCGGCAAAACAAGUAUGAGAAGUAUAAUCUUCUCUAACUUCAUCGCCAGAGACACCAGACGACUCGGCCCAACAAUGGAUGUUGAGCAUGUUCAUUUAAGAUUUUUGGGUGGAUUAGUUUUGAAUCUAUGGGAUUGUGGAGGACAGGCUGGGUUCAUGGAGAGCUACUUUGCUACACAAAGGGAAAAUAUUUUCCGCAAUGUUGAGGUCCUCAUCUAUGUGUUCGAUGUUGAAAGUCAGGAUUUAAAGAGAGAUUUGGUUUAUUACCGGAAUUGUCUUGAUGCCAUCAACGAACAUUCUCCCGGAGCAAAAGUUUUCUGUCUAGUUCACAAGAUGGAUCUUGUUCCUCAGCACAAGCAGGCCGUGGUUUUUACUGAACGGGAAAAGCAACUUAUUUCUGCCACUCGUCCAGGCACUUGUGUCUGUUUCGGAACAUCAAUUUGGGACGAAACGCUUUAUAAAGCUUGGUCAAAGAUUGUUUACCAGAUGGUUCCAAAUGUCAAAGCUCUAGAGAAAAAUCUCAUCCAGCUGUGUGAGGUCUUAGAGGCAGAUGAAAUUAUUCUAUUCGAGAGGUCAACUUUCCUCGAAAUCGCUUGCCAUACGACAAAAGAACACCCAGAUCCCCAUAGAUUCGACAAAAUCAGCACUAUUAUCAAGCAGUUUAAACUUUCUUGUACGAAAUCCGGCGCAAAUUUUACGGCUAUUGAACUCCAAACUGCGCACUUCUCCGCCUUCAUUGACGGUUUUACACCAAACACAUAUGUCAUGGUGAUUAUGUCAGACCCCUCCAUUGGCUCAUCCGCUACUCUACUGAAUAUCCGAAAUGCCAAGAAACAUUUUGAGAAGCUAGAAAAGGUCGAGGCACCCCAUUCAGCUAUUCUUGGUUGA